UUGAUUCGAACUAAAAAACGGGAGUGGGUAGAACGCGAUCUCACCGGAAAGUGCAACUAGCGAGGAAAAGAAAUGCAGCAGCAACCUCAGGCGCCGGUGGCGUCUGCUACACAGCCAGACCAACUGGAAUCUUGUGAAACCACGGCGGAGGCGCCUCCGAAGCAGGUGGCUCUGGCGAUGGAGAGGUUAGGGCAAGCGGCUCGUCUCAUUGCUGAUGUCAGACUGGGCGCUGAUCGCCUACUUGAAGCUCUCUUUAUCGCUGCACAACCUCAUCAAUCCAACAAGCCUUUGCAUUUGAUUGUCAACGAAGAGGCUACAAUGCGCCAGCACCUUCAGGAUCUUCGAGCAGUCGGAAGACAACUGGAAGAGUCUGGGGUUCUGAAUUCUCUUCGAUCACGAAAUAACUCUUGGGGUUUACAUAUGCCCCUUGUUUGUCCGGAUGGUGCUGUUGUUGCAUAUGCUUGGAAACGUCAACUUGCUGGUCAGGCUGGUGCAUCAGCUGUUGACAGAACCAGGUUAGCUCUUAAAGCGUUCACUGAUCAGAGGAGACGAUUUUUUCCCCACCUUGAAGAUGAAUCAUCUGGCCAAACUUCUGGUGUGGAAUCUGGAGUUUCAAAGAAACAUUGCAGUUCCCAAGCAUCAACCUUGACUCAUAAAGAAGAGCCUAGUGAAGAAAAAACAUUACCUGAAGUUCUACUGCGAGUGGAAAAAGAAGCACCUAACAUGAGGAUUUUUACUUACCAACACCUGGAUUGGCUAAAAAGGGCCUCUGCAUUGUCGUCUUCAACAAAUGAGAACUUCAUAGAGUCAUCAAAAGAAAAUAAUUUCCAGACAUCAAAUAGACUAAGAACAGGGUCACUGGGGCCUGUGUCAGCAGAUCAGAUUGCUGCUGUUGAGUUGUUGGUGCCUUCUGUUUUUAGAGCUAUAAUAUCACUGCAUCCAGCUGGGUCUAUAGAACCUGAUGCAGUAGCAUUCUUUUCUCCAGAUGAGGGAGGCAGUUACAUUCAUUCAAGAGGAUUUUCAGUGUAUCAUGUGUUUAGACACCUCACGGAACAUGCUGUCAAGGCAUUGCAGUUUUUUCUUGGCAUCAACACUGAUACGGCAUUAUAUAAUCUUCUGCAUUGGAUCUGCAGCUACGAAACUUUGUUUACAAAAUCCUGCUGUAAAUGUGGGCGGCUUUUGACCAUAGACAAGCAGUCGACUUUACUUCUGCCUCCUAUUAUUCGUCCUUACCGACAUUCUUUUACUACAAAAGCCACAGUAACCCAAUCAUCAUUUUCAAUGAAAGACCAAAGCUCACAUCUCGUCCCAGCGUAUCAUGUUGGGUGCUACUCUGAAGAAUUAUAGUCACGUCUAGUGGUUACCAUUUCAUUGGCCAACGUCUGCCUGCAAGGCCUUGUGAGGAAAUUCGACAACGAAAAGAAAUGCUGGCGUUUGUAGAUUAGAAGACCCUCUCGAUGAAAUUUCAAUUUUAUCCAGUCACGAGAUAUUGACAAUGUAGAUUAUGCCCGGAGAUUUUGUAGAGAAUUUUUUCAAUGUACAUAAACCAGUACAACCCAAACAAACUAAUUUGUUUGGGGAAAGGUUUAUUUAUUUAUUAUUAUUAUUAUUUUUUCUGGGCAAACAAACUAUUUUGUUCAACAUUAAACCAGUACAACCCAAAGCUUUCUUUCAUCCA